GGUGUAGCUGCCAGCAAGUUCACACAGGCCCUGACAGGUGCCUCCGUCACCCUGCUUGUUUUAGCCACACAAAACUAAGCGGCAAAACACCGAGCUUGCCAGAUAGCAGUAGAACGCAGUGGAAGGAUAACUGUGUGAGAACUAUUAAAGGAGAGCCAGACCAAACUGUUACUGAGAUGGCACGAGGAAAGAGGGCUACCCGUAAACGAAAGUUAGUCAAACAAGAAGAUGAAGAAGAGGUGCCAGAAAAGCUUCAGCGGGAGGACAGUGCUACCACUCAGCUGAGGAAUGCCAUCAAUGAAACAAAGGCUACUGCCUCCAAGGAAAAGAAAAAAGGGAACUUCAAGGCUGAUGGUGUGUUAUUGCUAGAGUUCCCAAAGGCUGCCAUCUAUGAAGACUAUACCUGCAUGCUAAACCAAACCAAUAUUGGGCACAACAAUAACAAGUUUUACAUUAUUCAAGUCACUGAGAACAAAAAGAAUAGCUUCACUUGCUUCACACGUUGGGGACGAGUGGGAGAAGAAGGACAGCACAACUUAGAUAAUCAUAAAGAUGUGGAGCAGGCAAUAAAGGCAUUUAAGAAGAAAUUUAAGGAUAAAACAAAAAAUGAUUGGGACAAAAGAGACAAUUUCACUGCUCAUCCAGGAAAGUACACCAUGAUUGAUAUUGAGGAGGAUGAUGAAGAGGAAGAAGCUGAUGCAGUAGAUGGAGGAAAGCAAUUGGCUAAGAAAUCAGCAUUCUCUGGAGAUUGUUCUCUUAACUACAGGACUCAGUUGAUGAUCAUGAUAAUAUUUUCAGAAGACAUGUUCACCAAACAAAUGUCAAUUAUGAAUUUAGACAUCAAGAAGAUGCCACUAGGGAAGCUGAGCAAAGUGCAGAUUGCCAAGGGACUCGAGGUGCUGCUGGAUAUUGAAGCAGCAAUAAAAAACAAUGAGCCCCGGCAUGUACUCAUGGACUUGUCAUCAAAGUUUUACACACACUGUCCUCAUGACUUUGGCCGAAUGGUGCCGCCAGUUCUGGAUACAGAUUCCAUCAUUCAGCAGAAGAAGGAAGUCAUGAUGACCCUUGGUGACAUUGAAUUGACACAGUCCCUUCAGAAAGACAAGGUAGAGAAAGACAUCCAUCCUCUACUUGAAAAAUACCAGAUGCUUGACUGUGCAUUGGAGCUUCUCAGUAAAAACAGUGCAGAAUUCAAGUUACUUGACCAGUACUCUAAGGCCUGCAAAAAUACUAGGAAAGGACCUCUCUUGGAUAUUUGGCGAAUUGACCGACACACAGAUUCUACAGAUUCGAAUCCAGUAAUCGUCUCCCGCCCAGCCCUAAUCACUACCACGGAGCGGUUUGCUAUUGUUUUUUCUAGCCUGGUUAAUACAUAUCUUUUUUUUUUUUCAGUCAGUCCACAUUUUGGCAAAUUUGAAGGUGAGAAUAAUGUGGGAUUCAUGUUCUUGGUGGAGGUGGCACUUGGAAAAGAGAAGAGCAUUCUUCAGUGUGACACUUCCCUCACAAAAGCUCCUCCAGGCUUUGACAGUGUUGUGGCUAGAGGAAGCAGUGAACCAGAUCCCAAGAAGGAUAAGAAAACUGUGUUAGAUGGCAAAGAAGUCAUUGUCCCUGUUGGAACUCCUGUAUCUCAGAAAGCUUGGGCAAAAAGCCAUUUUGGUCAGAGUGAAUACCUUAUCUACAAGGAGAGCCAAGCAAGACUCCGAUAUAUGCUGAAAUUCUCAUUUGACUAGGAGAGUUAUAGUAUAGUAUUCCUCAAGAUUUAUACAUAGAAGCCUUUCAGUAAUGAUUUUGUUUUGCAUGUAUGAAAUAAGACAGAUUUUCUAGGGAAUUUAGUAAAAGAGACAUCAGUAAACACGGCUAAGUAAGAGCUAUUAAUUUGCAACAGUACAAUGAUAGCUACACUGACACAGAUAAGGUAGACUUAGACCAGAUGACCAGAUUAAAUUGAGACCUCAGAUCCAAGCAACUGAGAAAUGGACCAUCAAAGAGGUGCAGAUAAAAGCUCAGAUAUGUUACCUUGAGAAUGUAGUGGAAAUGAAAAGAGACAGUGAAUAUAUGAUUGUGGUGGAUGUGGAUGUUGGAAAGUCCCUUCCAGCUAUGUAGGAAGACUAGGUACUGAAAAAGAAAUAGUGAGGAUGGCUUUGGGAUCCGAGUGGUCUCCAAGCGCACGGGUUCGAAUCCUGUCCACGGUCUGAGUGUAGGUUGGGCUUCCUCACUCGGGGCAACGGUUUCCUAGCGGGUGGGCUUUGAGAUAGGGGGUACCGAAGAAGUAUCCCCUUUAGCCCAUAAAUUCCCGUGAAAAGCCCACAUGGUAUAAAAAAAAAAAAAAAAAUGUACAAAGAUAGAGUAGGUGUGAACAUUGACAAGUUGAGAUUACUGAUGUGACCCAUGAAGAUACUAAGCAAACUACAUAAGUUGUGGAUGGGCUUAUCUACCGAUGCUGUGGAAAGCCUGACUUGGCAUUCCUGUUAAAGAUAGUUGCUGGAACUCCAAUUAGGUUAAGAAGAGACAAGAGAAGUAAAAUUUUUUGGAUAUGGAAUGAAAUAAUGCAAUGGGAGCUGAACACAACUUAUACAUUACUAUAAGAAAGUAGAUGGGAAGUGUGAUGAAAGUACAUGUGAGUGAUUUGGCAUGUCUAGUGAGAUAGCAGGUGUUAGCUAAAAUACAGAGAAACAGUGUAGAUAACUUAUAGAAAAUGAGAUGAUAAGAAGUGAGUAAUUGUUGACUGUGUGGGUAUCUUCUGAAGAAGUGUGGUAAGCUAGUAGAAAGGGAAAUAAUUGAAAUGUGCAGACAGCUUGAAGACAAUGAGGUGAUGAGGAUGAUAGAUUAGACAGUAAGUGAUAGAAAGAAAGAAAAUUGAAGUUUAAAGAGAGGUAGACAAGUGGAUGAAAAUACUUAUUUCUGAUACCUUGUGUUGGUCCUAAGGGAUAAACAUUAGAUUGACAAAGUUAUUAUAGGUGAUUGUAGUUUGAAUUUUGCUUUAAUAAGUAGUAAGGAAAAUGUUAUGUUUUCUCUUUGAAGUUUAUUUAAAAUUUGUUAAUUAAUGUUAGCAGAAUUUGUAUGAAAGAGUGAUACUGAUACUGAAGCACAGUAUCAGUAUGGAUAGGUCAAACUGAACUUGGGGAAGCUGUGAAUAACCAGCUGAUAACACAAGUCCAGUACGGUGGGAUUGGUAAGAAGUCCAAAACUAGAGAUUUGUUGAUAAAGAUUUUGUUAAGAUAUAUUGACCAGUUUAUAUUGUUUGUGUAAAGGAAUGUUUCCCAUGUAGCCUAGCCAAGAUUGCUGUCAUGACU